AUGAAACCCAUUGUCUCAUCCAUGUCUAAUCAGUUCAUUUCCUUUCAAGUCAUUUGGUAUGGGAACUCUCUUGACAUCUCUGUAGUCUUUGCUAAAUGCCUUAGAGUUGAUCACAGAAGUCUGUGGAGGGACUUGGUCGCUGGUACCAACGGAAGGCCUAGAAUGAUCUUAGGUGAUUUCAAUGCUACCCUUUUCAAUCAUGAAAGGCGUGGCCCUGGUAGAUUCUGUACGGGUGCUGCCGCUGAGUUUGGUGCUAUGGUGGAUGCUACCUCUAUGAUCCAGGUUCCUUCAUCUGGGAGGAAGUUCACAUGGAGCAAUAACAGAAAGCGGGGAAAUGUAUCUGCUAUCUUGGAUAGGUCUUUCGUGAACUCGGAUUGGCUGAAUAGCUUCAGCGAUUCCUUUCCCAAUCUGGAAGUGGACGUUGCGAGUGCUAAGGCAGAUCUAGAAAUUAUCCAGGAAAGAAUUGAGGACGAAGGGAUGAACGACGACCUUUUUAAUCUGGAGGCGGAUGCAAAAAUUCAUCACUGGAAAGCUUUGGAGAACCAUGAGAAGAUGUGGGUAGAGAAGUCCAGAGUUAAAUGGUUAAAGGAAGGUGAUAGAAAUUCCAGAUUUUACCAUGUCAUGGCAGAAGUGAAGAGAUCUAAAAAUGCUAUUCAUAGCAUUGUUAGAGCUGAUGAGACUGAAAUCAAAGACCAGGAUCAGGUGGGAAACUACAUAGUUGAUUACUUUCAAGUUUUGGACUUGGAGGAUCUUAAAAUUAAGACCUUACCAGAAGAAAUAGGAUAUCUAAUACACUUGAGGUAUCUAGGCUUAAAAUGUCCAGCACUGGAUGAGAUUCCAGAGAGCAUUGGCAAUCUUCAAAAUCUACUCACUUUAGAUAUUAGAUGGCCUAGAAGUAUGAGGGUAUUGCCAAGUGGAAUUCUGAAACUUGUAGAGUUGAGGCACCUUAUGAUGUCAAUGAAUGAAAUAAAAGUCCCUCCAGGCAUAGGUAUAUUUUCAAACCUCCAGAGUUUGACUGGUUUAUUUGCAAGGCCUGGCAUCCUCGAAGAACUAAGUAAGUUGACUCAACUCAAGGAACUGCAAUUGAAUGAUGUAUCUGAAGAACAUGCCAGUGAGCUCUCUGCUUCUAUUAUGAACAUGAGAAGACUCCUCCGUUUGUCUAUAAGAACAAGAUUUGGUGAAGACGAAAUGUUGCCCAUGUUGGACCUUUCGCCACCACCGUUUAUUAGGAAACUCCACCUAAGUGGGCGUCUAAUUGAUCUUCUUGAUUGGGUCUGUUCCAUGGAGAGCCUCACUAAGUUAACCUUAGCCUAUUCUUUUCAACCUGAGGAAGCACUUUCUUUACUUCUGUUUCUUCCUUACUUGAAGCAUCUAAAUUUAUGUGGAGCCUGCAACAGCAAACAAAUAAACAAGGAGUUUUGUCCAUUGGGUGGAUUUCCAAAGCUGGAGACACUCAAAGUCUCUUCAGAAAAGCUAGUAGAAUGGACUGAGAUCGAAAAGGGGGCAUCCCCAUGCUUAGCAUUCCUCUUCUUCCACAAUUCUCUACAGUUGAUGAAUCUUCCAGAAGGACUGCAACUUGGUAUCAUCGAAGAAUUAAGGAGUUUGACUCAACUGAGGAAGCUGGAAUUGAAGGAUGUAUCCGAAGAACAUGCCAAUGAGCUCUCUGCUUCUAUUAUGAAGAUGAGAGGACUUGUGUCUUUAUCUCUUGAUUCAGGAGAUCAUCGUGGCAAAGAACUAUUGCCUACAUUGGAGCUAUUUUCACCACCACAGUUUAUCAGAAAACUUAGCCUAGAUGGGCGUCUAGUGGAUCUUCCUCACUGGGUCUGCUACAUGGAGAAGCUCACUAAGCUAAGCUUAGGUUUUUCCUUUCUACCUGAGGAAGCAGUUUUUCUACUUCAAUUGCUUCCUAACUUGAAACAUCUAACAUUGUGGGAAGCAUGCAAGGUCAAGAAAAUGAACAAAGAAUUUUGUCCGGUAGGUGGGUUUCCUAAGCUGGAGGCACUUGUUAUUGCUUCUAUGAAACUAAUGGAAUGGACAGAGAUUGAAGAAGGGCCCUGCCAAGCUUGGUAUUCCUCAGCUUCCGCAAUUGUCCACAGUUGA